AUGAAUAUACUGCAAGAGGAUAAGAAGUCGAUCUUAAGUUCUCGCAGCGUCAUCCGAACGAGCCUUGUUUCUCCAAGGUUCACAAAUCAUCACGCAGCAGACAUGAGUAUCUUCAACUUAAUCGCUAGUUCUCCUUCAACUCUCGAAAAAUAUUGCUCGACACCCGAUCUGGCAGACUAUUGCGCUACCGAAUCGGCCUCCAUAGCCAUCUACGAGGGUCUCCAUGGCGAUAUUCAAUACAUCCACAAAGCACGCUCUGUCCGCGUCUCCUGCGUCUCUCCCAGCACCGUUGACACCAAAAUGUUCGUGGGCAUUAAGCUUGGCCUGAGAAGAGCCAGGAACGUUUUCACCCCCGCUUUAGUAGGCUUCUUAGGGACUCUGCGUGCAAUGUCCGACUGGUUUCGCGCGCUGCGACGCGAGCCAUUGAUAUGGGCAUGUUCGAACACCUAA